UCGUAAUGAUUAAGAUUGAGUUUUGUUAUAACAUUGAAUGAUGUAUCGUUUAGAAAGACUGGCAAAGUUGUAAAGAAUUUCAGCAGGUAUGGCAUUACAUGCCUCAGCAAUGCUAUCAGACAAUUUUCCUUCAGUCAACAGUUUGUAGAGUUUCGAUUUUCCUUUUAAGAUUGCUUAAAACUGUUCAAUUGGGUUUAAAUCAGGCGAAUAUGCAGGCAGACACAUCAGCUUGUAGCCACCACAUUAGAUUUUCCUCAUCAACCGGUCCAUUUCACUGCUUUUGUUUAGAGUUUAAAAUGAAUACCGUCUCUCGUGAAGAAGCAUGUUGCAUCUUUUUUUGUAAAAAAUUUAAUGAAGAGAAUGUUAAAAUCUGUACAGAAAGAGUAGAAAAAUGGUGGAAGCUGAAAUUUGCUACCGAAGUAAUCCAACUGAACCAGAGCUUGUUUGUGAAGCACGAAUAUUUGGUGCCCCAAGUUUAUUCAACGUACAAAUCAAAAGAAGAAAUAGAAAAAAACCACGAAGAAAUUGAAAAGAACAAAGAUGGAAAGGAAGAUAUCUUGUUUUGCAAUGACACGCAAAUUGUAGAUUUUAUAAACUAUGUAUUUCGACCACAUGUAGAAUUUUUGCCAGACUCUCCGUACAAGCUAGAUUAUGUAUGUGAUAAAGAAAUUUUAGGAGCUGUUUGGGCUUUUACAAAAAAAUUCGAUAAAACUACAUCUUUGGCAUUCAGCAAAUGGUUGAACAAGCAAAACGUCGAUUUUUUAUCAGAAGAGCCAGAACGUAAAUUAGUAAAAGGAGACGCAGGCGACGAAAAGAUAAGAGACGCCAUUUAAAUGUUUUGAAUAGCGUAUAUUAUGCUGGCCUUGUGAAAAACAUUGUAGAUAUGAUACCAAGACACCAUGCUUAUAUAAACCAAUUGAAAAAUGACGGAUAUCACGUUGUCGGUUAUUGUAGAAAGUCCAAAACACAAAGUAGCAAUCGAGCAACUCUAUUGCAAAGAAUGGUUGACAUAUUACGACAAAGGUCGCUCGUUGAAAAAGUUUUCGUCUCACCUUCCAGCAGCGUAAAAGAAA